AAAAAGCCCUGCCAUGACGUCAGCAGUAAAAUCUGCUCCUCCUGGGUUUCUGUCCGUCGGAGAGUGAAGUGUGUUUGGCGUGCUACUGGCAUCGGAGUUUUUCCUCCUCUGUUGUCUGUCUUUCGUUGAGUGUUAUUGUCGGUUUUUAACUUCACUCGCGAGCUUUUACGUUACUAAUUUAGAAAACCAGUCCUGUAGCCGAUUUAUGGGAUGUUUUAGAAAAGUUCCUGAAGUGCUCUUUGAGGAACCGGUGGACGGCGGACACCACCGGAGAUGGAUAAGCUAACCGAUAGCUGAGUUGUUAGCCGAGAAUCACAGGUCAAGAAUAGGUUCAAGCUAGCAUGCUAACAGCUAGCUAAUUUAGCAUUUUAUCAGCUAACCAAGUGACUUAGUUAACCUGUAACGUCAUAACUACAGCCGGUUAUUUGUCGGGCCUGGCUGCUACACAGUGAACUGUUCGUCACAGGCCAGCUAACCCAGGAAGAAGACUCGGUCUGUAUUAUAAGGAAAAGGCAGAGAAGUACUGUUGAGAGGCGGCUGUUGUUCGUCUCUCAGCCCAGACCAAGAGCAUGCUGUCCAACGCACAGAACCAGCCACUGUUUCCCAACUCGGGAACGGGACAGCAGAACCCUGCGGGCCAGUUCCUCCCCUUCCACGCCAGACCCAACUUACAGAUCAAGAAGAACGCCAUAACAGAUGACUACAAGGUAACCAGCCAGGUGCUGGGGCUGGGCAUCAAUGGCAAGGUGCUUGAAAUCUUCCAGAAGAAGACUGGAGACAAGUAUGCGCUGAAGAUGCUGCAGGAUUGUCCCAAGGCUCGUAGGGAAGUGGAGCUCCACUGGAGGGCGUCACCUUGUGCCAACAUUGUGCGCAUCAUUGAUGUCUAUGAGAACCUCUAUCAGGGCAGGAAGUGUCUGCUUAUUGUCAUGGAGUGCAUGGAUGGUGGUGAGCUUUUUAGUCGAAUCCAGGACAGAGGAGACCAGGCAUUCACAGAGAGAGAGGCAUCUGACAUCAUGAAGAGCAUAGGAGAGGCCAUCCAGUUCCUGCAUGCAAUCAACAUUGCACACAGAGAUGUGAAGCCAGAGAAUUUACUGUAUUCCACGAAGAGGCCCAGUGCCCUGCUCAAACUCACAGACUUUGGCUUUGCCAAGGAGACCACUUCACACAACUCUUUAGCUACUCCCUGCUACACGCCCUACUAUGUUGCUCCAGAGGUUCUGGGCCCAGAGAAAUAUGACAAGUCAUGUGACAUGUGGUCGUUGGGUGUCAUUAUGUAUAUCCUGUUGUGUGGGUACCCUCCUUUUUAUUCUAACCAUGGUCUAGCCAUCUCUCCUGGGAUGAAGAAGAGGAUCAGGAUGGGCCAAUAUGAAUUUCCCAACCCUGAAUGGUCUGAUGUCUCAGAGGAAGCUAAACAACUGAUUAGGACCCUCCUUAAGACUGAGCCGACACAAAGGAUGACCAUCACAGAGUUCAUGAAUCAUCCAUGGAUCAAUCAAUCAAUGGAGGUUCCCCAGACCCCGCUUCACACUAGCCGGGUGCUAAAGGAAGAGAAGGACGCAUGGGAGGAUGUCAAGGAGGAAAUGACCAGUGCCUUGGCAACAAUGAGGGUUGACUACGAGCAAAUCAAGAUCAAGACCAUUGAGGACUCAAGCAAUCCACUGCUGACGAAACGGAGGAAGAAAGCCAAUAAUGUCAUGGCGGACCCACAGUCUGCUGCCCACUGAAAGAUGCACGAAUGCAUGCACAUAAAAACACAGGUUGUAAAAAGGAAGCAAUAAUUUGUCGACAAGUGAGCCGCAUUGCAUGGAUUUUCUCAGUGUUUUAUUUUUCAUGGCAAAUUCUAAUGUUUUGUAGGAGUGUUUGUUUUUAUUACUCUACCAUUUUAACAAACCUACCACUCUGCUCUGGCAGAGAGGAUGUUUAUCUGUGUUUUUACAUCAGUGAAGAGAUUAUGAAUUAUAUAAAAGGAGAGGAGAGGGAAUCGGUGAGAUCUCCCUCCUCUCCUUUCCCAAAUAUCAGGUUGUGUAUUCUGAGGGGCUUGAAUGUUGGAAUAAGACAUGAAGCCUUAGCAUUAGCAGUAGUUCUUUCACCCCACAGCCCUAUUCUAGCUCUAACCCCAAACCUGUGAAUGUUAAAUCAAAUGGCUAAAUCCCAAAAAUAAAAGCAAGGGAAGGUUUCUUUUACGUACGUGCAAAUUAAGCAGAUGUAUUUUGAACUGACAAGUGGAAUGUAAGGACUCUGUCCCUGACUGUCGGAAUUAGCUGGAAAUAGUCACUCAUUUCUGGGACUUGAACUGGGAGUGUUUGUCAGGUUCAGUUUGUCUUUGUGAAUGUCUAACGGAGGCCUAUGCACUCACACAAGGGCCAUGUGCCAUUCUGACAGAGCACCUCACUCUUGGCCCCUCUCUCCUACCUUUAAUCUACGCUUGUUUUUCAGGUACGUAGUUUUAGGGCAGAGAAGGACGCCACGUUUAAGAACAGAAACUGGCUCGACCUUUCUCCUGCAUGUAGCUCAUAGGAGAGCAGGAGCCAACUGAUACUGUAUUUUUUCAUGGAUUUUAUGAACAUAUUAGCAUAGGCCUUACUGAGUGUUGCUAAAGCAGAAGAUUAGUUUUUAACCCCUUCCUAUCAUUUGGUUCAGGCUUUUACCAAUGUUAUGCUUCAGAAAUUAUAACUGCCAGAUUAUAUUUCAGGUUAAUGCUAUGCAGAUGUAUGUGUUUGUCAGCUUGAAAAGACCGCUAGGACCUUUUUGUUAGUGUUGAUUUCUGUUUGCAAAUGUGUCGGUGAGAUGUCGAGCAACAAUGGGGAGCAUUUGUGUGUGUUUUUGUAAGCAGUAGCACCCUCUAAGGGAAUACAUGGUUCAGACAGACUGGUCAAGCUCCAGAGGUCUUUCUGAAACGAUCACUUCAGUUUCUGUCGGUUGCACCACUUUAACUGUCAGGGGGCUCAGUGGGACUAAUCUGGUGCAUUGCCAGUAUUCCCCAACACUUCUUCUCCACACUUCUGGAGGAUUGCUAGGAAGUAGAAAGUACUUAAGAGCUGCUCCUCGUCCCAGAGCAGAAUCUGACAUACCACCAGCAAGCUGUCAUCACAUUCAGGCUUGGUGUGAUGGUUGGUUUCUCUUCAAUGUUCUGUUAAUGCAACAGGACACUUCCAUGUCACUUGGGAUCAUGGGAAAUGACUGUGUUAAUUUUGUUGGUUUGGUCCACUUCACUUUGUAAAAUCACAUCCACAUUACCUGUCACAUCGCACCUACAAAUCUCUCACUGUAAAAAUGUUCAUUGAAUGUUUGUGACAAUGUCCCUCCUGUUAUUCUUUUCAUCCCUCUCAACACCUUUUUUUGUAGUGGAAGCACAGAUGUGUCUGGGGUUUUUUUUCCUAUCAUUGAGUCUGUUCAGCUCCACCUGCCGUACUUUUGUCUGCUUCAGCUUUGGAUUAAAAAACACAUAAAACAAAA